AUGUUUCAGGAUCCGACUCACCAGCUGUUCACCCAGCACUUUAGCGUAACCCCGGAUCUUAUACAUCGACUCGGUUUCAGCUGCACGCUUCAGGGUCACACAGGCUGUGUCAACUGCCUCCAGUGGAAUGACGCUGGGACGCUGUUGGCCAGCGGCUCGGAUGAUUUCAACGUGAUUAUAUGGGACCCGUUUCUCCGAAAAAACCUUCAUACCAUUCACACGGGUCAUACAAAUAAUGUGUUUUCCGUGAAGUUUCUACCCGAAACCAAUGACCACGUUGUCGUGAGCGGAGCCGGUGACGGCAAGAUUUUCGCGCAUCACCUGCAAAGCACAAACGAUACGAAGCGAGUGUUCGCGUGUCAUUUUGGCAGGGUGAAGCGCCUGGCAACAUGUCCCGCCGAGCCUCACCUGAUCUGGAGUGCCAGCGAGGACGGACUUGUCAUGCAGUUCGACUGCAGAGAGCCAGCUGAUUGCACAACGACAUGCAGUCAUGUCCUCAUCAACCUGAACGCACAUCUCGGACCGGAGGCGGAGGUGAAGUGUAUUUCUUUAAACAGUUGCAGGCCAGAGCUGCUUGCUGUAGGCGCUAACGAUCCGUUCGCUCGGGUAUACGACCGAAGGAUGCUUAGCAUGAAAAAGAUCCAGUUCCCGCCACUUCCUUCUCCCUCGUUGUUCGACCUCAGUGUUGAUGGCGAAAGCUACGACUUCCCUAUGCAGUCUGUAAAGUACUACGUCGCAGGACAUCUUCCAGUCAAACAGCCAGACUUCCGGCGCAGAUAUCGCCCGCUGACUAGUACUUACCUCACCUUCAGCCCGUGCGGCAAUGACCUACUAGUCAACCUCGGUGGCGAGCAGAUCUACCUUUUCGACGUCAACUCGUACCGAAGAUCAGUAAUUUUCGAUUUGCGCCAGUGUUUCGGUUCUCGAACCCUCGAUUCUCAGGGUAAUGGCGAAACGUCGAAAACGUGCACCAAUGGAACAGUGGCGAACGGUUUUCCGUUCAGCGCGGUUUCUUUCGAUGGAUUUUUGAACCAUUCGAACCAGGACGCGUUGUGGAAAAGGUCGAAAACGCGAUCUUCCGAGUCGUUGGCCGUCGUUACCGAGAUGCUGAAGCAGAAGGCGAACGCAGCGUUCGAAAAAAAGGACUACUCGCUCGCCGUCGCCUUGUACAGUCAAGCCCUGAACGUGUCUCCUUCCCUGCCGGUGCUGUACGCAAAUCGCGCUGCUUCGUACAUGAAGCGCAACUGGGAUGGAGACGUCUAUGCCGCCCUCAGAGACUGCUGUGCCGCGCUGAAGCUUGACUCUUCGUAUAUGAAAGCGUUCUUUCGUGUAGCUAGAUGUCUUUACGAAUUGAAGUACGCCACCGAAAGCAGAAAUGUGCUAAAAAUUUUUUCGGAGAAAUUUCCGGACUUUGCAGGAACCAGAGCUUUUUUGAAUCUUCAAGCGGAGUUGAUAUCGGCAGCGUCCCAGGAAAAUGAAAAUCACGAUUCAAAGCGGCAAAGAAGCGAAGACACGAAUCUUGGAGACAUCGACUCUGAAGAACAGGACGACUCUGGUUCUGAACUGUCGAAUCAUCAGCGGGCAAUCAGCGAUCAGGAGGUGGCCUUCCGUGAAAUGUCCUCUGAUUAUGCAGUACGAUUCUGCGGCCAUUGCAACACCACGACUGACAUCAAGGAAGCGAACUUUUUCGGAAAGUACGGUGAAUACGUUGUCGCCGGUUCCGAUGACGGUCAGUUUUUCAUAUGGGAGAAGAAGACCGGAAACAUAGUGCGGAUUUUGCACGGUGACGAAUCGAUCGUUAACUGCUUGCAGCCCCAUCCAAGCGUCUGUCUGCUGGCGACUUCUGGCAUCGAGACUGCGGUCAAGCUCUGGGCACCGAAAGCGCAGGAUGGAGCUAACGAUCCGCUGAUAAUAACAGAUUUCGACACGGCUACCAUAGCAAACCAGCGGCGAAUGAACGCCGAUCCACUUGAACUGAUGUUAAUGAACAUCGGCUAUCAAAUGGCCACUCGUUCAAACGACGACGCCGAAUCCGAUACCGGUGGUCACUCGAGGGUGCCGGCAAUACAGUGCCGUCAGAUUUGA